CUCGUCUCGCGAUAGUUUAGUGGACCUGGAUUCAAACUGUGGCGGUUUAUCGUUGCGUUGACAGAAAGUUGUUCACUGACGAGAUGGCAGCAGAGGAGACGGUACAGCUGCUGAGGAGCCAGCUGAGGGAGAGGGAGGAACAGCUCCAUCAGGCUGCUCAGGCUGGCUUAGAUCUCCUCAACCAGCAGGCGGAGCUGCAGAACACACUGGAAGAGCAGAGAGUGGAGAUGACAAAUGCACUUGAGGCCCUGGAGCAAGAGAAGUACUCGCUGCAGAAGGACGUGGAGUUAAAGACUCGAAUGCUGGAGUCACUCAAGUCAGACUUUGACUGUGUGAAGAACCAGCAGACACAGCAGCUUCUGGAACAGCAGCAGCAUCUGGAGAGGAACCACAACAUGGCUGUCAGUGAGCUCAACAAUAAGACACUGAGGUUGGAGUCAGCUCUUGAAGAAUCUCAGCUGAAUGAGAAACAGCUGAAACACAAACUGGACGUGCAGACUGAGACUCUGAAUAACAAACUGGAGGAGCUGCAAGCUCUGAAUGAAAACACCCAGAGCUCCAUGACCUCUGAGAUGAUGGAGGUGCAGAUGAAGAUCAUGGAGCUGGAGACUGUGAAGGUGGAGCUGGAGCAGACUCUGCAGGAGUGUCAGUACAGAGAGCAGCAGCUGGAGCUGACCAACAGCAGCCUGCAGAGGCACCUGGAGCGACUCUCAGAGGAGAAAGAGGAGCGGGAGAAAGAGGCCGUUUCUUGGUUUAAUUCAUUAGAGAAAUCUCGGGAGGUAAACCGGGACCUCCAGGUCCAGCUGGAUCAGGCUCUGCAGCAGGCUCAGGAUCCCAACAGCAAAGGGAACUCUCUGUUUGCAGAGCUGGAGGAUAAGCGUGCUGAGAUGGAGAGACAGCUGAUCAGUAUGAAGGUCCAGUAUCAGUCUCUGCUCAAACAACAUGGCUUCAGCAAACAGCAGCUGCAGCGCAUGAAGGUCCAGAUAGCCACUCUGAUGCAGCUGCAGGGCUCCAGAGCUGACCCUGCUCAGUUAGAGCGACUUCAGUCCAUGCUCUCAGAGAAGAACAGUGAGAUCCAGAACCUCAUGACCAAACUCCGGGGACUGGAGAAGGUGGAGAUGAUACUGAAGACUCAGUCGGCUAAUGAAGCUCCAGCACUAAGUGGUGACGGCCAAGAUGAGACUUACUACACGGACCUGCUGAAGAUGAAGCUCAACAACACUGUUAAAAAUGCAGAGCGUCUUGGAGAUGAGCUUUCUCUGCAGAGAAUGAAGUCGCUGUCAGAGAGCCAGAGGUCUCUGGAGCUGGAGAGGAAACUCUUCACCUCUGAACGGCUGCUCAAACAGACUCAGAGCGACAAGAUCAAACUGCAGCUGCGAGUCGAGGAGCUGCAACACAAAUAUGAACCCAGAGACGCAAGAAAGAAUGUCAUCCAGAAGAGGAAGAAGGAGAAGCUUCCUGUGGACAUUGUACCCUCCUCACAUGACAAGGCUGAGCAGGUGGUUACCAUGGAGACGGAUGUAAUACAUCAUAAGACUGCAGAGCCCAAAGAUGACAUCAUUCUUACAACUGAGACACAAAACUCCUCCACAGAAGGUGCAGUGCUGACUGAGCCACCACCUGCCAAGUGUGUGAAGAUCAGUGCAGAGGAGCCUACAGUGAUUCCUAACCCCAGAUCUCCUGUGGCUGACGGCACAGAGAUGAACGAGAACGAGCAGCAGAACAGGAGAGAGGAGCGAGUAAAGAGACAGAAAACAGUGGAGAUGAUUCAUGUGAGCUCUAACAGCAGCAUGGAGAACCAGUGUGCACAGCAAUAAACCUGGUCCAGUCUCUGCUGCUGCUGCUGCUGCUGCUGCUGCUGUGAUUUCUGUAUUUGUAUUGUCUUUUAAAUGUGUAGAUUUUACUCUUGACUGGUAACUUUUCUCAGAUGAUUUUUUUCUUGAAACAAUUUAUCCAUAUAUUUAAAAAUCAGUAUUAAAAGAUUUACAACGGA